AUGGUGAUGGGUGGGACUGUUGGUGACCGGUGGUGGGAGGUUGGGGGGAACUUGGGUUCUGCCUGGGAGGGGAAGGUUCGAGGUAUAGGCGUCCAGGGAUGGGGGUGGGGGGGUUGUGUGUGUCUCUGGUCUUGCUCAGUUGUCUGGGGUGCUGGUGAUGAAUCUAUGGUGGAGUCCCUUCUUACAUGCUGCACGGGCUUUUCUGGCCAAUCUCAUCUAUUUAAGGCCUUUAGAACCGUCUCUCUCAGCCAAUGCUGUGCUGGUUCUUCUGCUUCUUGCUCUAAUUCUAUUCUACACUCCUUAUCUUCCAAUCUCAAGUCACUUCCACAGGUAAAAAAAAUACGAGAUCCCAAGCAACAAAUUGAGAUGGUUGGUGUCCCGAAAGAGUACCUAUCUGGUCAUGCAUUCCACAUAGUUUCUUUUGAGUUUCGGCAUAACAUCCGUGGUAGAUCAAUCCCUGCGGAGGGUACACUUGAUGCUGCAAUUUUCCUUGCUAAGAAGGUGAUAAUGCUUGCUUCCUCAAAAUGCAUCGCUCGAGUUCAAUCAAAGGCGGACAAAUUCAUCUACAACAUGAUAGAUGUUGUGCGGGAGGGCGCCAUGAGAUGA